ACAGAAUACAGGCCGACUUAUUUGAAAAACCAUCCAGAGUUACAACUCAUUCAAGCCUAAGCCUAAAGCCACAGCCUUUAUAAAAUGUCGAAAGGAUAUUUUCAAAGAGUGGUCAGUCUAUUUGGUCGCAGCAUCUAAGAUACCGUAAACAAACAGAGAACCCAUCGAGCAGCAGUGCCACAGUCAAAGAGCCAGCGCAUCCAAGCCCCGUUGUAGAUGUGUGCGCCCAGCAUCCAUUUGGGCGCGUUUCCAUUGCCUCGGAGAGCAGUGCCCGAGAGCAGCGUAUUGGGAGUGAUGCUGUUACGCUCAUUUGUAGCUGGUGUAGAGUGUCGCUUGUAGUCGAUUGAUUUUCGCUGAAGUGGCUCGUCGUGAAAUCGUCUGUGCUCCAUACGCAAGCUGGCAGUAGUUGCCUCAGAGCCCGCGGGUUGAAGAAAUCGUUUUGGUUAAACUUUGCGUGUACCAAGUGUGUCGUUCAAGAAGAUUUUUAUAAUUGAAAUUGAUGAAGAAGAAAAAGUAAAUACACAUAUAUAUCUACUACACAAGCAAAAAAAUAAUAAUCUACAUAUAGGAAAAGAAUCUCAAGUCGUCUAACAACAACAACAACAACAAGCUUUUUUCUACCACAAAACAAAAAUAAUAAUCGCGACUUGAACAAAAAUCCAAUUAAAAAAAAUAAAUAAAAUUAAAAAAAUAAAAAGAAGCAAAAGAAACGAAGCGAAACGCAAUGAAAUGAAAUGAAAAAAUAAAUGAAGGCAUUAAAGUAGAAAAAUUACGUGCAAAUCGGAAUCCUUGUCUAGUGAAUCGAUUCGAAAUCCUGUGCAAGAAUUAAGUGUACAACCACAGUUGUCAGUUCGUCAGACAGACCUCAAUCCGUCAGUCAGUCAGGCAGUGUGUCGAAUAUGUGUGGAGUCCAAGUUGAAUAAGUGGAAAACGGAAAAAAAUAUACAUACGACGAUUAUAUGGAAGCCCUCGUUUUUGGGGUGUGAAACAUUCAGCAUUAACUGAAACGAACCUCAACAACAACAACAACAGCAGCAGCGAAGCAGACUCAGACUCAGCAUCACCAGCAACAACAACAACACAGAGAUUUUAACAAUUACUGCCGUUGGAUUACUGAAAAUCUAAACAAAAGAAAAUACACUAUAAAAUCCAAUCAACCAAUAACAACAACAAGAACAACAACAGCAGCAAAAGCAACAACAAUAAAAAAAAUAAUAAAUAAAUAGCAACAGAAAAAUCAAAUACCACCACUCGCCGAACCAAUAUCGCUGCAUUGUGAGGCCUUGGACUGAAUUUAUUUCGGACAUCAGGAUCGAGAUACUUCUGGAAAUUAUGCAAACAUUUCAGCAAGGCGUAAGCGGUUGCAUGAACGGACUGCUCAUAAAAUCUUACGGCGUUGGGAAAACGGUUUCGGACACACGGUGCUCUAACUGAUACAUCUCAAGGCGAUCAGGGAAGGGGGAUAGCAGAGAACCAUUUCCUCAUUCUAUUCAAUCCAGCAACCAAGGAUAACCAGUCCAAUAGCACCGAUGUCAAUCUCUUAAGUACUACAACAACACUACCACAGCCACAACUACAACUGCAACUGCCAACAGAGUAAGACAUGUCCUUCAAGUUACUGCAUAAAUUCAGGUGUAACUAAACAAGAUCAUUAAAACGGACGCUCGGUCUCAGGAUCCCUGACCAUAGUGUGGCAGCGAACUUGUUGUCUUCCUGCCGACGAAACACAAACUGGAACAAGUCGGCCACAAGACGAUGACAAAGUGGUGAUCCAUUGUCGACAGAUAAACAGCGCGUCUCCUUUUGCACGGCUUGUGCAGGCGAAGCGAACGCUGUGUCCAUCGCUGGAGCUCGAGCUCGAGCUUAGUUCGAUUCGUUUCGGUUCGGUGUUUUUCUUCCGACGAGCGACCAAAAUCGUGCGCCAUUCGAACAGAGCCAACAUCGCGCCCAGUUUACGUUUGUUAUUCGAUUUUAUUCAACACCAGGAUUGUGCAGAAUUUUAUACGAUACCGCUUAUCAGCAAACGCUUUCCUACUUCAUGUGGCAGAGGUAGGCGGCGUUGGAGGCGGCUCGGCGACUUGCGGUGUCGAUUGUUGGACAAGCGGGGGAGCAGAAAGCAUAUUGGCGCAAGGCUGCCCUUUGUAGGCGAUGCACCGAUUUGCGGAAAGAGUGGGUGGACCUGGCCUAAGAUGGGGAGCGUGCUCUUUGCAGCUGUGUUCAUAGCGUUACAUUUUGCCACCGGCGGCCUGGCCAACCCAGAUGCAAAACGUUUAUACGACGACCUCUUGAGUAACUACAACCGCUUGAUACGGCCUGUUGGCAAUAAUUCCGAUCGUCUAACGGUCAAAAUGGGUUUACGUUUGUCACAACUAAUUGAUGUGAAUCUUAAAAAUCAAAUCAUGACGACAAAUGUGUGGGUGGAACAGGAGUGGAACGACUACAAAUUGAAAUGGAAUCCCGAUGAUUAUGGCGGCGUUGAUACCUUACACGUACCUUCUGAGCACAUAUGGCUGCCGGACAUAGUUCUGUACAAUAAUGCGGAUGGUAAUUACGAAGUGACAAUAAUGACAAAAGCAAUCCUCCAUCAUACCGGGAAAGUGGUCUGGAAGCCACCUGCCAUCUACAAGUCGUUCUGUGAAAUCGACGUUGAGUAUUUUCCCUUCGACGAGCAGACAUGUUUCAUGAAAUUCGGUUCAUGGACAUAUGACGGUUAUAUGGUGGAUUUGCGACAUCUCAAGCAAACACCCGACUCGGAUAACAUCGAAGUCGGCAUCGACCUUCAGGAUUACUAUAUAUCGGUGGAAUGGGACAUUAUGCGGGUGCCGGCAGUCAGAAAUGAAAAGUUCUACAGCUGCUGCGAGGAGCCUUACCUGGACAUUGUGUUCAACCUGACGCUGCGCCGAAAGACACUCUUUUAUACGGUCAAUCUAAUCAUACCCUGCGUGGGCAUAUCGUUCUUAUCCGUCUUGGUCUUCUAUUUACCCAGUGAUUCGGGCGAAAAGAUCUCAUUGUGUAUAAGCAUUUUACUCUCGCUGACUGUGUUUUUUCUACUGCUUGCGGAAAUCAUUCCGCCCACCUCAUUGACGGUGCCUCUAUUGGGCAAAUAUUUACUGUUCACCAUGAUGCUGGUUACGUUAUCGGUUGUCGUAACCAUUGCGGUGCUAAACGUUAACUUUAGGUCCCCAGUGACGCAUCGGAUGGCACCUUGGGUCCAAAGAGUUUUCAUUGAAAUCCUACCCAAACUCUUGUGCAUAGAACGUCCCAAGAAAGAUGAUCCAAACGACGAAGAUGACGAUCAGCCCCAAGAAGUUCUGACAGAUGUCUUCCAUCUGCCACCUGAUAUCGAUAAAUUCGUUAAUUAUGACACAAAGCGAUUCAGUGGCGAUUACGGUAUACCAGCAAUACCGGCACAACGAUUCGGCGAGUUUGUCAGCAACGCUGGCAUAUCUCCUUGUUUCGGAGAUCCACCCCUGCCUUCUGCACUGCCAUUGCCGGGAGCCGACGAUGAUCUCUUCAGUCCGACCACUGUUAAUGGAGAUCUAAGUCCCAGCUGUUGUCCGGCCGACCUCAGUCCUACAUUUGACAAGCCCUAUAUGGGCGAAAUGGAGAAGACCAUCGAAGGAUCGCGUUUCAUAGCGCAGCACAUGAAGAAUAAGGAUAAAUUCGAAAGUGUUGAGGAGGAUUGGAAGUACGUGGCCAUGGUCUUAGAUCGAUUGUUCCUUUGGAUAUUCGCCAUAUCUUGUGUCGUGGGCACUGCGUGGAUUAUAUUGCAGGCGCCCAGUUUGUACGAUCAGUCACAGCCAAUUGAUAUUCUCUAUUCGAAGAUCGCCAAGAAGAAGUUCGAACUGCUUAAAAUGGGCAGCGAAAACAGCUUAUAGCGUCCAGUUGGGUUCGCAGAGGGCUGGUGGAAUAUUCUCAUCAGGUCUCUGCGAACCCUGUUCGCCGCUCGCGAUGACGAUCGCGGAUAAUAUCCAGCUGUCAUUGUGGAGGUGAACGCGGAGUCACUCAAUACAACAUUCGCAUUCGACAUAGGAGAGCAAGUGAUCAAAAUAGAAUUUGAUAAUGAAGAUUAGGAAAUAGUUUUAAUCACAUUUGCAACAACAACAACAAACAUUGCUGGCAUGGCUCAAUACCGGAACAGAGGAUUGCAACGCGUACACAUAACAAAAGGCAAAGCAUCUCGUUUUAAAAUUCAGCUAAACACAUUGCACCCAACCACUGCAACACACCCGCCCUCACACACACACACACACACCUAAACACACACACACACGUGCACGCGUAGUCAUACCCAGGUCCAUCAAUCCAAAUUGUGUGCGGAUGAACCUAUGGCAAAUCCCCUCCAAAUGUUCUCCAACCGCCGUUCACAUGCAACACAUCAAAAUAACGGUAACUACCACGGGCAGUGCAGCACCUACUCCGAGCUCCAACCAUCCCUUCCUCAAGCUGCUAUCCCAAUGCAAUUGCAAUGUAGUGGUGUAAUGUUAAUCCCCACACACACCCACCCACCCACACACCAAAGAAAAGGGAAACACAACUCAAAUGAGAUUGCGCGUAUGUUUGUGAAUGCAUGUGUAUUGUGCCAGAACGACAAACAACAAAGCAAAACACAGAAAACAAAAACGAGUUCCUUUACCACAACAAAACAAAACAAAACAAAAAACAUCAAGCAACCGACAAACCAACAAACAGCACAGAGGACGAAUUGAGUCUCAGUUACGCAAAAUAAGAACAAACGAACACUGCAAUCCAUAGACACCCACCCAUCCAUCUAUCCAUCCACCUCACCCCACUCCACCCACACACACACACACGCCCAUACACACAAUUAGUUAAGUAUUAAUAUUAUUGAAACAAACAAAAGCUUAAGCACAUCAACGAAUUCUCUAGAUAUGUAUGUAUGUCAAUAAAUUACUGAGACUCGAAUAACCCUCGCAAAACAAACAAAACAAAACAAAACAAGAAAAAGAUAAAUGUAUAUCUCUCAGAUGUCGCCUCCUUUCCCUUCACAUUUUCACACUCCUUCCCUCUCGCACACACUCGCCGCCAGCCCCUUUUCCCACUUAAAAUAAAAGAACAAAAGAGAUCGCGGGAGAAGAGAGUGUGAUCGCCUUCCCAAGAGAGGGAGGCUAGACAACAAAGUCCUCAGAUCAGAAAUCAAAAGACUUGGCCCCUGUGGCGUAUGGAUACUAUAAAGGAAUUGAUUAUAACUCAUUCGUAGCCUAAGGUAACGCCAUGGACGAGUGCCGAUCGACUGGAGGUCGCGAGCUCCUCCUAAGCGGCGUUGUCUUCAGCCUCAGUAGAUAUUUUGAAGAUCAAGAAGACAUCGAAAGUUGGCUCCCCGAAAGGGCUGCCCGGGAAUGGGAGCAAUGUAAUGCAUUGCGACACCACACAUUGUGAAUAUGGUAAAGACGGACGGACUGGGGGUAGUACUGGUGUGUUUUGUACAGCAAGUACAUGGACAGUGAGUGAGGACAGGUGCCCAAAUGGAAGGAUUUCCUUUCUUUCAUUCAUCCAUUCAUUCAUUCACCUUUCUCCAUCUUUGGGUGUUUCCAAUGAUUUCAUUAUUGAAUCUAUGACAAACAACAGCAACAACAACAAUGCAACUUUUACAAGCCAAAUGACAUCAAAACCAAAAACAUCAAUAACAACAACAACAAAAACAACAAGAACAAGAACACAAAACAAAAAAGAUAAGUAAUUAAAUUACCUUCUAAGUGUAAAAAUGCAAAAGUAAAGUGGACAAAAAGUUAACAUUUUUUUAAUAAACAAUUAGAUUUUAAUGAACUUAACUUUAACUUAAAACCAAUUAACAACUAAAACCAAAAUGAGAAAUACAUAAAAGUUAGUGUAAAAUAAAUGUAAAAAAAAAAACAAAAACAAACAAAUACUAAACAAAUUUUUUGAAAUAAAAUUCCAAUUAAAAUCAUAAUUAAUUAUUAAAAACAAACUAACGAAAAGAAGAUAUAAGAAACGAGAGAAAAUAAAAAAAAAAAACAAUUGAGAAAACACAAAUAACAAAAGUAAUGAAAAACAUACACUCAACCACACACACACACACAUUCACACACAAACUAGUGGAUCUCUCAGUUCGAUCGAUAAACAUUCCUCGGGUUGUUCUUAACGAUGACUGGCCAACCAGACGUCUGCUAUGCAACGGAUCCAUACCCAACUGAGCUUAACGUAAAACACAGACAAACAAACAACAAAUUGCUUUCUUGUUACUCCGGCCGGUCUAAACGAUGAAAGAAAUGCGGCCUCUUGCAUCUACGGAUGGCAACCAAACAGCCAAGGGCUGAUCCCGAAACCUGUUUUGCUCAGGAAUAGAAGGCAGCAACCAAGCAUACAUAAUGCACACAUACCCGUUGAAAAGUAUCAGCUCAGCUAGGCUAUUCGAACAAAUCGAAGCAUUUCCAGAGCAGCCCUGCAUGCGGGGCACACUCGAAUGAGUACCCCUGUUCUGUGCAUUUUUACAACUUGUUGAAUUUUUUUUGUCAUUAAACUGAAUUUCUCAGAUUUCCUUUGUGUUCCAGAAUUCCAAUUUGCUGUGAGAUGUAGAGGUGCGAGAGCUGAUCUACAUAUCUCAACAUUUUCCUUUUUCAAGCAGAAAAAUCUGUGGCAAAUAAGAGUCUAGUUCUAAAUAAAUUCUUGAUAUAGAAAGAUUGGUAUGCCUCAAAAAAAAAUCGCACAAACACAUACAAAAAUAGCAAUAAAUGAAAUUUGGACUUCCGAAACACAUAUUCUUAACACUAGUUAUGAACAUUAUCCAGCAUCCGAGCUAGUUUGAGAAUAUAAAAUAAAAUUAUUCUCCCAGAGGCGUUUAGAGACACAUUGAUAGUUUCUUUUUUGUUUGUCAUAUUUCUGCUCGACGAUCAUUCGGCUCCAUAUUGGAAGUUUCCAUUCUUUUUCAAAUAUCCCACAAUAUAAGGUGGUGAACAAUUCAUCACUGUUUAGCCAAUAACGGUACUACGAUGUCACUGGAAAAUCGGUGGCAUAGAGACAUGGAAUUCGCAAAAAAUCUUAUGCGUCCAAUAGCUGAGAGUGUCUGUUGGAAUAAAAUACAAGGUGCAAAGUUUUCUUAAUUUGCUUUUGACACAAUUGCGGAAUAUUGUGAUUGGUAUGGAACAUUUUUCCCCAUUUUUUAGUUUGCAAAUCUCUGAUGUCGGAAUCAAAAAUAAUUUUGUUCAUUUGAUAACUGCAAACCCCUACACAUUCAAGAUGUUUAUGUGAAAGUCUAGAAUAGGCAGGAGCAAUCCUUAGAUGUCGCCAAUGACGCAAAAAGUUAAAAUGUUGUGUGGAGCACUGAGGCACUGAGAUAUGUCUCCAAAGAGUGCAGUGAAGUGCAUCUGAAAUCCGACCAGUUGGUAAGCGCAUAUUGCCAUUUGAUAGCGUAGGGGCCUCUAAAAGACCGAUUGUGCUGCACACCAAUCGAGCAAACAAGAAGCACAUGCAUUAUUCUGUAAAUAUCUCAUUGCAACCACAAGGAGUAACGAACGAAAAAUAAAAUAAUUAUAGAUAAAACGUAAAACGACAACAUUUUGUUGAGCUUUUUCACAAAUCCGUUUUCUAUUGACUUUUUUCCUUUUGGGUUCUUAACUUUAGACAAUCAACGGAAAUAAUAAUGCAAAUAAAUGCGAAACAAAAACAAGUCAUUGUAAAAAACAAAACAAAACAAAAACAAAACUGCUAUCACACUGCUUUCCCCAAUCGCCCAAUACCCACAUCUCACAUCUCAGCCCACUCCCCGCCUCAUGGCAUCGUUACAUGGCAUUUUAUCUCAUGGCUCCGUUUGGCACGUAUUUUCGCUCUGUCGCUUGACGAAGAACAUGCCAAAAAGGAGUCAAACACACAUACACACGGCAAAAUGCAAACAACAAACAUUUCCACAGAACCAAACAAAAAAAUCAUUAUAAAGUCAUUUCGCAACAUCAACAACAACAAAGAAAACAAAAACGUAUAACAAAAGAACUUUACAAUAAUAUGCUCUCAUUGGUUGUGUUUUUAGAUAAAUAAAAAAAGACAAAGAAGAAAUGUUUAAAGAAGAUUAGACACUAUUUUUUUAAACUAAUUUCGCCUCCAAACGUGUUAUGCUGAUUAUAAGUUAAGAUUCCCCCUUCUUCUGCCCCCUCCCCCUCUUUCUCUCAUAUGAAAUUAGAAAACAAAAUAUAUAUAUAAAAUAAAACAAGUAAGAAAACAUAAAGGAUAACAGUGACAAACUCAAAGUUGCACUAAAAAGUAAAAAAAAAACUCAAAAAGGAAACACAACAAAAAAAACGAAAAGAAAAACCCAAAAAAAAUGAGGCUAAAAAUAAAAAAACAAAAACUAAAACUUUUGUAAAAUGAAUUUCCUAAAUGGCGUUUGUUGAGUCAUAUUUCAUUAUAUUUUUAUUAGUGUUUUUUGUAAAUUUUUUAUUCGUUGAUUCUUUGUUAUUUCGCUAAAGAUAAAUAUAAUAAAAUAAUAAAAACAAAACAAUACAAAAACGAAUAAAAUAAAUGCCACAAAUUGUGUUUAUUUGUAAAAUAAUUAGUAAUUAAAGCUACCCAUCUCUCCCACACACUUACUCUCUCUCUCUCUCUCUCUCACCCACACACACACACUCACAUACAUACAAAACGAUUUAAAACCAACAUAAACUAAAUAAUAACAAAGGAUUGAAAGAACAAAAAAGAAAAACAAUUAUUUGUACAUUUAGGAUUAUUAUAAUGGUAAUAAUAACAAUAACACUAAAUUGAAACAGCAACUAUAUUUAAAUGUUAAUUAAAUAUCAAAAGCAAACAAAAAAAGAAAACAAAAACAAAAGAACAAACUGCCACAAAAAAGACAAGAACAAAAGUAGUUGACAAAUGUCAAACCAGAUGAAUUCUCUGUCCCUCUCGCGCUCUCUCUCAUACAUGCAACACUCAUACGCAUCCACAUUCCUUACAUCCAUCCACACCUACACAAACCAACGCACACAUACGACACAAACGUACACUUGUAAUUGAAUUAAUUAUUAACAAAUUAUAAACGGGGUUCGAAGUUAACAUUGUGGGUAAGAUUGUAUUUAAUAGUAAUUGUAUGUAUAAGCCAUAAUUUCUCACAAAAUAAAACACCGUUACAUACCGACAUACCAACACACACACACACAUACAUACAUACCCCCACAGGCAUUUGUAAAUACGUACCAUUCCAUUCCAUUCUAUUCCACAACAAAAGGCAAACAACAAAAUCAAUUGAUGAUUAUAUCUCAGCAAGGUUUAGCGUUAUCAAUUCUAAAUGUUUUAACAAAUACCAACAACAACAACAAAUCACUCAUCCACUCGCUCACCACGCACGCCAGAUACAAAAAAAAUCAACAAGAACAACAAUUGUACUCGACGUAGUUAGUUAUGCAAACAAAGUCCUUGCUCGUCAACUCAACCAAAAAGCAGGUAUCAAGAGCAUGAAAGCUCGUUAAUUUUUUGUCUUCGAGCGAAAUUUGCGUUGCAGCAACUGUGCCAACAAUUCGCACACAGCUUGUAGUUGUUUUAAUUGUCCAACCGUUUUUUUUUAACAUUGAUGCUACUGAUAAGUCCAACAACAAAUCCGCACAUCCAACUUCUAUCUCAUCAUGCCUGCCAACACAUCCAUACAUAUAUGUUGCGUGGCACAGUUGAGUCUGUCUACUUGGCAACCAACACUUCUAUCAGGGAUGGGAAAUAAAAUUAAAAAAGGUACUCGGACAUGCUUUCUCACGGGAGCAGUUAUUAUGAAAAAAUGGGACAUAUUUUAUGUUCACCCCAUUGAGGGAGAGAGAAUGAAAAAGCCAAUAUCUCUUAAAUAUUUCAAUUAAAGAUGGCCAUACGAAAGUGAUCUCGAAAGAAAAACACGAUUUUUUUCAAAAUAAGCAAAAAAUUAAAAAAAAAAUACUAAAACGCAAGGAAUCAGGGUGGUUUUCUUUCGAGUUCGUACUGUUUUCUGCAUGAAUAGCGUGACAUGUGUCAGAGCAUAGCAGAAUCGUAAGCAGAGAAUAUUUAAGAUCGCAUUUUAAAUAAUUUAGUUUCAACUUCGUUUUUAGCAUGACACAAUUUGAAUGGUACAAUUUAUUCCAAAUGAUAAUUUCCAGCUCCGAUUUUUUCUGUAAAUUACCUUCAUUGAAGACAGUUUUCCAUCUGUGAUUUGAGUUCCAGCUUUUACUUCGGAAUGUUGCCUACAAAAUUUUUUAAAUGCUGUGUUACAGGACCUACAAGAAUCUGCUAGUUUCCAAUUUCUUUCUAUGUCAUAAAAAUUAUCAUUUUUACUAUAUUUCAUUAAUUUUCGCUUUAGGAUAAUUAAUUCCACAAAAAAAACGCUAGCGUCUGUGACUCUUUCUCUCUGCUGUAAUAAAAACAUCAGUAAACUGGUAAUUAUUUCUUUAAACUAAGUUUAAGCUAUUUUUGACUGCAUUUUUGUUUCACUGUCAUCAAAAACUUACGAAUAUCACUUAAGAAGGGGUUUCUCCCUCUUGAGAAUUUGUCUUUUCAUAUUUAUUUGGUCCAUCUGUGAUAGGACACAGCACAUAUUUUUGCCAGAUCAUCGAUAAUCAUGAAAAACAGUUAAGAAAAUCAAUUCAAUUGAAUAUCCUUUAUCUUCUCCUGAGCCAUGGUAAAAUUAUCAAGGUAGCCUCGUGUAGUGCUAACUUUACGGUUCCUCAAAACUAUUCUUUGACAACAGAGAUUGGAACCUGUUUUCUAUGGACUUAAAUUUGACAAGGAAAAUUACGGGAAUAAAUUGAAGUGCGGCUAUCUGAAACUAGUAGUAACAUCUCUUGAGCUGAUGUUUUCGCAGUUUUCGUAUUGGCAAUAUCCAUCCCUGAUGUAUAGGAAGUAAAAUAUCCUGCUCUUAUUUUAGGUUUACAAUAAACUCCGACUCAAAUAACUAUCCCCAAACAACCGCCCAUUUAGUAAAUAACGAAGCAAUUUAUUCGCUUGCAUUGUUGUUGCUGCAAUAACAACAACAAGAACAACAAACAUGAAUUUACUUCAGUAAUAAAAUAUGCACCACUGAGACGAACAACGAAUAAGAAAAUAAAUAAAUAAAUAAUUAAAAAAA